GGGUGAGGAUGUGGCUCGCGCGCUCCCGGUUGUGUGCGUGUAUAGUGUAGUGCGCAUAUGGUGUCCUAAAUUCCCCCGUGUCUAUCAUAUACCUUUUUUCCCCCCUCACCCCCUCCCUUCAACCCCCUGCCAAGUAUGGAGUACUUGCAGGCCAACGCAGACUCUCCCCGUGGAUCGUAGCAGUUCACGAUACCUAUAUCGCUCUCCCGGAAACGAGCAAAGAAGAUCAGCGCUUAAACCGAAACGCGGGAAUAAGAGAAAGAGAAGAGAAAGAAUAAAACAAACAAUAAAAAUAGAUGAGAAGGAGGAGAAAACCAGAGGGAAAGAAGACGCACAGGAAGCCAUGGUUCUGGACAUGAGGAAGCCCAACGGGAGGUGUGGUGGCCGAAUGGGCGGCGAUGGUGCUAUGGUGACCGCCCGCGCCCGCACCAUCACCGCGCUGCUUAUGGUGCUGGCGGUCACGGCGGCCUCGUGUGCCGGCGCAUCAUCUCCCGAGUUUAGUGACGUCACAACCGAAGCAUCAGUGAUAACGACAGUGACGUCACUCAGUGAUUUAAAUCUUAGUCCUAGUGUUAGUGUCAAUCAGCCAAAUAUUAGUGACUCUAGAACUAGCGUGGAAGACGUUAUCGCGCGGAAUGAUAGUGACGUUACAGUGAUAGGAAGAGACGUCACAGUGAUAGAUAAUAGUGAAGUGACGACAGCGUAUAGUGAUGAGGCGAGAGACACUGUGAUGAUAGUAACCAUUGAUGACGUCACUUCUGAUAGCAAGUUAGAUUUCAGCGUAACUGAUGACGUCACGAGCACUAUGGUUGGGGAUUCAGAGAAUCUGGCGACCACGGACGACUCGCGCGACUCAGGGCUUCCCGCGACGACCACGCAGACUCAGGCGGAGAUCGAUGCCACGCCCCCAGGAAGCGGAAGCGAAGAGGAAGCCGUAGCCAGUGUGACGGGAAUCGAAGAAACUUUUCCCACAUUCGACGAGGAUGAGAACGAGGCCUUUCGGACUCCCACUGACGCUGAAGCCGUGGCCACGCCCGAAGUCGACACUGAAGUCGCGCCUAAUGAUGAAGCUGAGGUCGUAGCCACACCACCUGAGACUACAACUAAUGAAGCCGAAGUCACUGCUACACCGACUGAAGCUGACGUGGUAACGACGCCAAACGAAGCCAACGUCGUCGCCACACCGACCGAAGCCGAAGUCGUAGUCACGCCAAUUGAAAAUGAGGUCGUAACUACAAUGACCGAAACUGAGGUUGUCGCGACGCCAGCAGAGGCCGAAGUUAGCAGGUUUGAUGAGGCCGAGGCUGCAGGCACGUCGACCGACGCCGAGGUCGUCGACACGCCAACUGAAGCCCAUGUCAUUGCCACGCCAGACGAAGCCGAUGCCGCUGCCACAUCUGCUUUGGCCGAGGUCGCGGCCACGCCAACUGAGGCUGACAUCGUGUCUUUACCAACUGAGUUCGAACCCUCGACUACAUCCAGUGAUGCUGAGGUCGCAGCCACACCGACUGAGGCUGACAUCGUGUCUUCAGCAGCCGAGUCCGAAUCUGUAAUUACAUCCAAUGAUGCUGAAGUCGUAGCCAAACCGACUGAGUCCGAAACUUUAGCCACCACACCAGCUGAAGCCGAAGUCAUGGCCACGCUGACGGAGUCGGAAGAAGACGUGCUGGUGCCCACGGAAGUCGAAGCCGGCGACGCGACGCCGACCGAAGGCAACUUUGUUACAGAGGGAGAGGCGGCCCUGCCGACCCCGCCAGAGGAGGAAGCAGGGCUAGGCUUCGGGGAGGAAAUUAAGGAGGAGGAAGAGGAGAAUGAGGAGGCAGACGGAGGGGAAGAGGAGGAAGAGGAGGAGGAUGUGGUCGUGGUGGGCACGCUGGUGAGCACGGCCACUCUCCUGCACGAGGACGUCCUCCUGCAGCACCACCUCUCGACGAGCCACCGCGUGCUGCGGACGGUUUCCGAGGAGUACCUGGGGCUGCAGGCGGCCGAGGCGCAGCGGGGCUUCCAGUCGCGCAGCCCCUUCUCCACAUUCAUGGCCGUAAACACGCGACGCCCCUCGGAGAUGCGCCGCGCCGAGCCGGCCGACAUCGACGACGUCAUCCAGAAGAUCAUGAACUUCCUGGGCGGCGAGGCGCGGGUCACAGCCGCCCACAACCCCAACACGAGGCUCACCACCUUCGCGCUGAACCCCAUCCACACGCGCAUCAACGACCGCGGUCCCCCCAGGCUGCCCCUCGGCGUCCCGUCCUCAGCCAUCCUCACGCGCACGCCCAUCCUCGUCCCCGUUACGCCGCCCGUGAACAGGCCGCCCGUGAUUCCCGGGAGGCCGCAGUUCGUUGCCAACACAAGGCCGCCCUUCUUGGCGCCGCUGCCGCCCUCGCUGGCCAGCCGCCCGCCCUACUCGCCGCCGAUCCAGAGGCCCUACGCCACGGGAAUCCCGCUCCCGGAGGACCUGCUGACGUCGGUGGAGGACGGCCAGGGCACGCAGGCCAUCCCCAUCAACCCCGUGUUCCCCGACUACGUGACGGAGUCGGCGGACGAUGAGCUGGAGCCUGGGCGAGGGGAGGAGACAGGGGAGGAGACCACUUCUGAAGGGGUUCCUCAGGACACGGAGACGGUCCCCUCUGCAAGCACCUUGGACGUCGAGACGUCCGCGCCCGCGACGUCGGAGCCAGCCAUCGUCGAGGAAACGAUUGUGCAGACAGUGACGUCAUACACGACUUCGUCCUCGGCGCAGGCGGAGGAGGAGGGAGAGGAGGCCACUCAGCCGCCCGCCCCGACUUCCACCUUUUCCGAAGUCGCCACCACGCAGCUGCCCCCUCGAGCCCUCCUCCUCCUCGACGCUUCCCGCCCCCGCCACCUCGCCCCUCACGCCCCUCGAACCGUCCAUGCAGGAGUCAUCCUCGUCGUCCAUCCUCCCGACGCCCGUCACGGAGCAGGAGCCGCUCCUUGCCACUACGACGCUCGCACGGGCUACGACCAGGCUCUCUCCUCGUCGUCGCCCUCCUCGUCCGCGAGCCCCGCCUCGUCUUCCUCGCUCUCCUCUCCUGCCGCCACAGUGACCCCGCCUCUGCAGCCGCCGCCGACCUACCCGCCAAGUCGCCCCUCUCCCCCCACCGCCCGCCCACGACCACCUUCCCCCCCAGCGCCGUCCCAGCCGCGCCCCCAGCAGCCCUACUACACCCAGGGGCGCCCGGGGGUUGUGCUGGACGACGCGCAGUACCGUCCGGGCCAGAUCAUCACGGGGACGGUGCGGGUACCCUACGGCGCAGGGGGAGGGCGCCCCGGGGACGUGUUUGACGUGACCGUGUCCGCCAACCAGAACUACGGCGGGGGCGUCGCGCUGGCCCCGCCCCCGCUAAACCCCUACCUGGGCCAGGGCCAGGUCGUCGCAGAAGAUGGCCUCAUUACGACGCCGGCGGGGGGACAGGACGGAUUCGUGUCCAUCGACGGCAGGAAAACCUACUUCGACCUCAUUCCUACCGCUACUCAGGCUCAGGGACUCACGCAGCAAACCAUCGGCACGGGCGUCGGCUUCGUCGUCCCCGAGGAGGACCUCCCUCAGACGGGCAACGAGAGUCCCUUCCAGCGCCCGACGGCCCCCCUCACAGGCCCCUCGGGGACCGGCCAGGGACGCCCCACGCCCAACAGACCGCCCCUGCCGACAACGCCCGCCGCCCCGACACGUCCCAAGCCUGCUCCUCCCAGAAAGACCUAUACCCGUAGGCCUACUCAGCCGCCCAUCAGAAUCGACACGUGCAUCGUGGGCGACGACAGCACCUGCCAGGAGCAGCUGAGCGAGGUGUGCCGGACGGAGGACGGCGUCUCCAGCUGUUACUGCCGGCCGGGCACUGACAGGAAGAGACCGCGGACGCCGUGCAAGAGAAUGGUGUCCCUGAAGGUGGCGCUGAAGGUGGACCUGAUGGGGCAGCAGAGGCUCGUGUGGGGCGGCAGGUACAACGACCCCGAAUCCGAGGAGUACCGGAGGCUCGAGUGGGAGGCCACGCACGCGAUCGACAGCGCCAUGAGCAAGACCCAGAUGUCCUCCGCCUACCUCAGCAACACGGUGCACAAGUUCUACUCCCUGGGCGGCAAGGUGAUCGUCAACUCCACCAUCAACCUGGAGAGCACGCCCGCCACGCGCUCCCGCACCAUCAGGCAGGCGCUGCAGAGGCAGGUGAUUCAAGUGAUCCAGAGUCACGGCAACAAGAUCGGCGAGUCGGCGCUUUGGGUGGACGGCCCGCUCAACCCCGUGCCGGAAGUGGCGGAUAUUAACGAGUGCAAUGACCCCAAGCUUCACGACUGCCACAGUGAUGCCACCUGUGUUAAUGAGUUUGGCUCCUUCACCUGCCGAUGCUUGCCCGGCUAUACGGACAGAUACGUGGACGACCCGAUGGAGGUGGGGCGGCACUGCGAGUCCUGCUCCUCCGACUUCUGCAACAAGCGCGGGGAAUGCCGCAUCGAGGCCGGGGAGAAAGUCUGCCAGUGCAAGGGCUCCUACUACGGCGCCCGCUGCGAGAUCGACGGCGAGGUGCUCGGAGUGGCCGUCGGAGCGUCGGUGGCGGCCGUCAUCAUCAUCAUCCUCACGCUCAUCUUCCUGUGCAUGUGGAGCCGACGAUGGAAAGCCCAGGACGCCAAGACGGAGGUCCUAGCAAGGGGCGCCGCUGCAGGGACGCUCUACGGAGGAGGGUACGCCGUCAACAUGCAGAACAAGGGCAUGGCGAAUACAGGUCCCGCGGGCCAGUACGGGGUCACGCUGGAGGACAGGAUGCGGUGGGCGCACAUUGCCGAGACGCUCACCAACCAGAACAUCUACGCGCCCCAGAGCUCAGAGCAGGGCGGCAGCAGCAGCAACGAGUACCUGACCGCCGGCGCCGUCCCCGCCACGGUCAACACCAACCCGUUCUCUAUGUAUAACCGUGUCACGCGCGCCCUGUCCAACUCGACCCUCGGCCGCGGGAGCGAGGGCAUCCUGGGGCGUCUGAAGAAGCUCGUAGGAGGCGGAGGCUCCUCCGCCGCGAAGAAGCACGGCGCCGGCAUCCCCCCGUUCAUGAUGGCGGCGCAGCCAGGGACGCUCAACUUCCAGCAGCUGUUGGCUCUCCACGCCCAGCUCUCGGCUCAACCUGAACAGCUGAGAGGCAUGGCAGGGCCGUCCUCCCAGCCGACCAACACCACGACGCCAAGUAACCUGUACACGCACCAAAGACAGAUGGCUGCGGCUUCGUCUUCGGGCUAUGCUUCCUUGGGGACACUAGGCUCGGCCGCGGCGGGUCAGUUCGGACAGCAGUACGCACCCGAACAGUUCGGUCUGCACCAGCUCAACCCCGUUAACCUGAUGGCCACGAUGCAACACCAGCAGCAACAACAGCAGCAACAGAUGCAUCACCAACAACAGCAGCAAAAACAUUCUUACAUGAAUCAGAAACAGCAGCCGUUCGGAAGUCAGUCAGUCUACGGGCAAUUCGGACCUGCUUCACUCAACACGCUUUCCCACGGAGGUGUUUCGCGCGCCCCGACCCUCGGCGCCCGCACGCCCAUCCCCCUACACGAGGGCAUGGGAGGGGCUGCCACCAUAGGACCCAUGGGCGGAGCCAGCGUCGCCACCACGGCGGGGAUGGGCGGCAUGGAGAGCUCCGAGGACGAGCUCGAGCGGCCGUACCAGCUGCCGAGGCCGAAGUCCCGAGGAUCUCUUGGGGAGUCCAGCGACAUAUACUAUGAGCCUGACGACCUUUUACGGACCAUAGGACCUCCUGACAGACCUCCUCCUCCUGUCCCGACCUCGUACCACCCACAGACUUAUAAUUUCUCGUUCUUACACUGACUUAGAGAACCCACGAGACUGGUGUACUAGUCUAUUUGAAUAUGACGACUGUUGUUAUUACUACGAUUAUUAUUGUUAUCAUUGUUGGGUAUUUAUGUGUUUGUGUUGUUUAUCUGAGGAGGAAAGAUACUGGAUUUAAUGCCAUUUGCUUUAAUUAUUCGAUUUGAUUUGUUUUUAUUUUUGUUUUUUUUCUAGUGGGUUUUGUUAUUGUGUCAAUACUGGUUUGACAUAAUUCUUUUUUUGUUUAAGUAAUUUCUCCAUGUCUACCUUUGUGCUUAUACUGAAUAGCACCAUACCCAAAUGACCUCAUAUGACUUACCUUUGACCCAGUGGACAGUUGCUCGAGUUCAGUGGUGAUGAUACGACCAACUAGCACAAUGACAAUGUUAUAUACUAGGUACCAGACAUUUUGCUAGCAGACGAGACUAACCUUUACCCCCUUCCUCCUUAAACGAAACGAGGGAGGGGGCAAUGACCUAUAUAACUCUAGAACAAAAGCAGAACGACUGACCUUGCAAUUCUUCAGCACGUCUGUCUGCCUAGCUGUCUGUGUACUACUCAUCUGGAGCUCCUGAUAGAUUUAUUUUUCUGUUCUAAUCGAUUUAUGAUUUGCUGUUGCUGUAAGGGAAGCAUUUAUGCGCACAACGUGAAUGAGAAGCAAGACAGAAAUCAAGGACAGUGUGCCUAAGGAACAGAUUUCAGUUGUGCUGAAUUCAAAACAACCAAACUGUUGGUGCUGUGAUACUAACGAUACUUCCAUUACGAAUAGGCAUCGGGAAACCAAUUUGUUUUAUAGAAUAUAUUAGGUUUCUGAGUACUCAAGAUACCCAGUGAUUUUCCUCACCGAUUCGAACGAGCUCUUUUCUUGUCACUCCAGCCAGCGAAUGUGAAAACGACCGAGUGAAAAGAAGGCGAGAAACACGGAGAAUUGCAUCAUGUGAUCACAUUUUUCUUUGGUUUUGUUAUCAUUUACACUCACCGAUAUUAUUGUGCUGAUAUUAUUAUCACACUAAGCUUUAAAGUCUUGACAUAGACCAAGCUUAGCAGAUUUAUGAUAUUCAAAGCAUCAUGUGGAUGUCUCUAUUUAUGUUACAUGUAUGUUUUUAGUCUCUUGUUCUAUUUAUCUCUGUAUUUAUUUAUGUACAUAAAUGUUUUAGUCUUAAUGAUGCUCAUCUUUCCUUUUGACCAAUAUUUCCCUUUUGAUAUAGAAAUGUGAUUGUCUUGUUAUCAAUUGUCUUUCAUCUUGUUGACACUGAAGACGAACUCAUUCAGUUUAAAUACCUGAUAAAAUAAACAAACAAGUCAAAUUCAGUAUUAUAUUUAUGCCUCACAUGACAGUGCUGUGUUUGGACAGAGCACUUUCCUGUUUUACUAGAUAUUGUUACAAUUGGAUAUUUUCAUGUUACAUACCCUGCUGUCUUUUUUUGAAACAAAGGCAUUCAAUCUGUUUUGGAAAAUAAGAACCUUCAUUCUCUUCCCUGUUGAAUGUGUGUAAAUCCAUUCACACAUUCAUUUGUAUAGGUAUAUGUGUAUCUGCAUUACAUAUAUGUAUUGUUACUUGGUUUUGAAAUUUGUAAAAUACUGUGUACUUAUUUUGCUUUCCUCCCUCCCUGUCGAUACAGAAGAUACGUAUAACCAAAAAUAAAAAAAAAUAAAAAGAUAUAUGUCACCUUUCCAAAUACGGGCACAAAAUAAAAAAUAUUUUUAAUGAAGUCAUGAUAGUUUUACAUUUGACGUCGCAGCUGAAUGAAAGAUGCUCGUGUUAAAUAUCGUCUACGGUGUACCAUACGAGGUAUCAUUAGGUCUCGUUGGUGUGCAUAUAUAGUCUAUGGACUUGCCAGUGAUAUGUAAUAAUACACUAAAUAUUUCUUGA